AUGCAGCAGGGCAGCAGCCGCUUGGAGGACUUCCCUCUCAAUGUGUUCUCGGUCACUCCGUACACACCCAGCACCUCCGACAUCCAGGUGACCGAUGACGACAAGGCGGGGGCCACCUUGCUUUUCUCAGGCAUCUUUCUGGGUCUGGUGGGGAUCACGUUCGCUGUCAUGGGCUAGAUUAAAUACCAGGGUGUCUCUCACUUUGAAUGGACCCAGCUGCUAGGGCCCAUCCUGCUGUCGGUUGGGGUGACGUUCAUCCUGAUUUCUGUGUGCAAGUUCAAAAUGCUCUCCUGCAAGUUUUGCAAAGAAAGUGAGGACAGGGUCCUGGACCCGGAACAGACACAGGGAGGACAGUCGUUUGUUUUCUCUGGCAUCAACCAACCCAUCACCUUCCACGGGGCCACUGUGGUGCAGUACAUCCCUCCUCCUUACGGCUCUCAAGAGCCUGUGGGGAUGAGCGCCCCUCACCUGCAGCCCGUGGUGAGCCCUGGUGGUCUCAUCUUCCCCGGAGGGGCAGCGGCUGUCGCACCGAGUCCUCCACAAUACUAUACCAUCUACCCUCAAGGUAACGCCGCCUUUGUGGAUGAUGAGCUCCACCCUGCUUUCAUGGAUGGUGGAAAUGGCAGGCCCAGCCCUGAUACUGACCAGCUAGAAGAGACACAGCUGGAAGAUGAGGACUGUGCCUGCUUCUCGCCUCCCCGCUAUGAGGAGAUAUAUUCCCUCCCUCGCUAG